AUGGCGUGGCUGUCUGGCAAAGGUGACACGCAGCCGCCGCUUACUGGCGCCACUAUUAUGGAGCCGGCGGGCAUGCGGACAGACAGGGUUAUAAUGACGGUGAUUUACACACUUCGAGUUGUUGUUGUUGUUGUUGGCGGCGGCGGCGGCGGCGGCGGCGGCGGCGGCGGCGGCGGCGGCGGCGGCGGCCGUGAGGAGGAGGAGGAAGUUAUUUUUGUGCGUAGGAUUUGGGUUGGUCAUGGUGGUGUUGAGGUGAAUCCUACUGUUAUAUGUGCCGUGUGA